CAGUGAGCGGGGUCCCCGCUCCAGGAGACGCUCCAGUCUGCGUCCCGGCCCUCAGCACUGUCCACUGUUUCAGUGCCAGCAGAGACCAGCAGGCCUGGGACAGUUGGUGUUUGGCCGUGCCGCUGUCUAACUUGGUGUGCAGAGUGAAUUGCCGCUGCCAGAGCGGAGAGAGGCGGAGCGGCCAGGAGAGGGGAUUUCUGUCAGCGCCGGCGCUCGGGAGCUCGGAGACAUGAACGGCUUCACGCCUGACGAGAUGACCCGCGGCGGGGAUGCGGCCGCCGCAGUGGCCGCAGUGGUCGCCGCCGCGGCCGCCGCCGCCUCGGCGGGGAACGGGACCGGCGCGGGCACCGGGGCUGAGGUGCCGGGCGCGGGGGCGGUCUCAGCGGCUGGGCCCCCGGGGGUGGCCGGGCCGGGCCCCGGGCAACUGUGCUGUCUGCGGGAGGAUGGUGAGCGGUGCGGCCGGGCGGCAGGCAACGCCAGCUUCAGCAAGAGGAUCCAGAAAAGCAUCUCCCAGAAGAAGGUGAAGAUCGAGCUGGAUAAGAGCGCAAGGCAUCUUUACAUAUGUGAUUAUCAUAAAAACUUAAUUCAGAGUGUUCGAAACAGAAGAAAGAGAAAAGGGAGUGAUGAUGAUGGAGGUGAUUCACCUGUUCAAGAUAUUGAUACCCCAGAGGUUGAUUUAUACCAAUUACAAGUAAAUACACUUAGGAGAUACAAAAGACACUUCAAGCUACCAACCAGACCAGGACUUAAUAAAGCACAACUUGUUGAGAUAGUUGGUUGCCACUUUAGGUCUAUUCCAGUGAAUGAAAAAGACACCUUAACAUAUUUCAUCUACUCAGUGAAGAAUGACAAGAACAAAUCAGAUCUCAAGGUUGAUAGUGGUGUUCACUAGGAGAUGUGGAAUUGAGACUAAUAACUUGGAUGUUAACACUGUUUACUGUUUUUUCACGUGUAGAAAUGUUCUUUGUGUAUUUUUUCUACAGAGGAUUUUCUCUGAUUUUAUUUUCUUUGUGUUUCUGACUCUAAUAAUUAGUUGGAAACUCAUAUAAAAUGAGCUUUCCUAAAUUAAAAACUAUUUUAAAUAAAGGUUAUUACUAUUA